GGCGGAGCUGCGUUGGUAGGAGAUGCGAGGGUCGCGGCCACUACAGUUGGCCUCCGGCUGGCUCGGCCCACGGAUCCCGAGUCGAGAACGUGAGCACCGCUGAACCCCCUGCGAAGCUGGCUGAGCGAGGAAAUAAUUUUUAAUAAGACCUUGUAGUCAUGGCUAGCUCUGACGUGAAACCAAAAUCAAUCAGUCGUGCCAAACAAUGGUCAGAAGAGAUAGAAAAUCUGUACAGAUUUCAACAAGCAGGAUAUCGGGAUGAAAUUGAAUAUAAACAAGUGAAACAAGUCUCUAUGGUAGACCGUUGGCCGGAGACAGGAUACGUGAAGAAACUCCAGAGAAGGGACAAUACCUUCUACUACUACAACAAGCAGAGGGAGUGUGAAGACAAGGAGGUCCACAAAGUGAAAGUUUACGCAUACUGACCUCUCCGUUUGUAUUCCUUGGCAGUGCUAUUUUAAGAAUUCAUUGUUUACAUUUUCCAUCAUGUAAACAUCAUUUGACAAACUCAUUCAAAUUUCUGUCUUUAAUUCAGUGUCUUUCAGCAUAAAAAC